CUUCUGAGUGCAGGAGCUGGUCCUUCUGACAGGAAUCAGGAUCGCUGAUCGAGCUCGAAAGGAACUCUGUCCCUCUUUAACCUUUUACGGCGACUAAUCGUCUGCUUAUUCAUUUGGUGGCACUGCUGUUUAAAGGUCGUCUCUUCUGUCAUUUGCUAGUGGAGGAUGGUGGCUGUGGUACAGCGCCCCCACGUGGCUGUAUUCUGCCUGCCACUGUUAAUUGCAGCAGGUGUCAUGCCCAUGCCGGACCCCAAGAGGAGGGAUGCCCUGAUACAGCUGGAGGCCUCCCAACAGACGGGAGGCCAAAUUGUGCUGAGCGACUUAGAGAAGCUUCUGGAUGCUCGACUGUACCAAAUGAAGCAGGAUGAGAUGGCCAAUGCUCAUUUUCCUCCCGCCAUGCACUUCUUCAAGGCGAAACCCUUGAUUGAGCGCAGCCCCAUCUUCAGCCUGCUGCAGAAAAUGCCCAAAGGCGGAGCUCUGCAUGUCCAUGACCUCGCCAUGGGGGAUCCUGAGUGGCUCGUGAAGAAUGUUACGUAUCGAUCAAACUGCUACAUGUGUGUCACCGACAAACAGGCGGUCAGAUUCAUCUUCUCGUCUGGUCAGCCUGCGCCUGCCCCGAACUGUUCCGCCUGGAUGCUGAUGGAAACACUUAGGAACAAACUGGUCAACGUUACAGAUCUUGACAACAGCAUCCUGGCUAACAUGACACUCUUCACUGAUGAUGAUCCUGAGGCUUUGUAUCCUCACCAAGCUGUGGUUUGGGAGAGGUUUCAGAUGAACUUCAUGGCUGUGAUGGGUCUCAUUACAUAUGCUCCAGUCUUUCGAGACUAUUACUACCAUGGCCUCAGCCAAUUUUACAAAGAUAACGUCAUGUAUCUGGAAAUACGUGCUUUACUUUUGCAGACUUACGAGCUGGACGGCAGCACUCAUGACUCCGUGUGGGCGCUUCAAACCUACGGUGACGUCACCAAACGGUUCAUUUCAGACCACCCUGAUUUCUUUGGAAGCAGAUUCAUCUUCAUAGUGCAUAGAACAAUGGAUUCAGCUGCAUUGAAGGGAGUGGUGAAGAAGGCAAUAAAGCUGCAGAAAGACUUCCCAGACUUGAUGGUCGGCUUUGACUUGGUCGGCCGCGUAGACGAUGGAAAGCCUCUUUGGUAUUUCAGAGAUGCUUUAUCAUUACCAUCUCAGAUGGGCGUGACACUUCCCUACUUUUUCCACGCCGGAGAGACAAAUCUGGAAGGCACAGACGUUGACCAGAACUUGCUUGACGCCAUUUUGUUUAAUACGUCGCGAAUUGGACACGGAUUUGCACUGACUCGCCACCCUUUGGCUCGCGAACUAUCUAGGAAGAGAGGUGUGGCUGUGGAAGUGUGUCCCAUAUCCAACCAGGUCUUAAAGCUCGUGGAUGACCUGCGAAACCACCCGGCGGCAACUCUGAUGUCACAGAACCACCCGAUGGUGAUUAGUUCCGACGACCCGGCUAUGUUCGGUUCCUCAGGCCUAUCCUACGACUUCUACGAAGCCUUCGUGGGCUUCGGCGGCAAUAGAUCAAACUUGGGCACUCUUAAGCAACUGGCCAUCAACUCCAUUUUAUACAGCGCGUUGAAACCAGAACUGCAGAACAAAGCUCUUGACGCAUGGGAGAGGAAAUGGGACACGUUUGUCUCUGAAAACGCGUUCCAGAAGCCAAACUGUGUUUAUGGCAAUUUUAUUUGUGCUUAUCCCAAUAUGCUGCCUUGGAAGAAACUCUUUAAUUCCGCUGCGGUACUGUGAGGAUGUAUAUGCGGCUUUGCUCUUACCUCAUUCACUACCACUGACUGCGAUAGACGUCAAAUCCAUUCUAGCUGGGAGGGCUGACAGUGAAGGAUCAUGCGUCGGUGCUAUUGACGGCGAUUUACGUCCGCUCCAUUUCAACUAGGAAGGCCAGCCUUAGCUGAAAUGGAUGGACAUCUACUGCUGUAAAUGGUAGUGAAUGAGUCAACAACACUGGCACUGAACCGAAGGCACUUGGUUGUUUUUUAAUCAUUUAAUUUGCACUUUUUCAUGGUGGCAGGCAGGUUUGUCAUGGUGCUCAAAGAACCAUACUAUCUCUUUUACAAAUGUGCAUACUUGCAUUUUUAAACAAUAUUUUGUAUUAAUCUUGAUCCACUAAAUUGCAUUUAUGACCACUGAAAAUCUGGAAAAAAAAACACAAUUUUAGAAUGUUGUUGAUGUUGUUUGACACAAUUGCGUACCGCACGCAACACGUCACUUUUGCUCAUUAAUAUUCAUGAUGUUAGCAAUUGUUGCUCAGGGGGUCAAUCUCGUGUUUAUCCCAAUGCUAAAUGCGUGUAAAUAGAGUACAAACGAGAUGUUUACUGAGCUAAACCUACCAAUUCUGUCCGAAAAUGAUGUCCCUGGUGCCAAAUUUAAUGGUAAAGUUGUGAAAGAACAUACAAAUGUUCAAGAGCGCUGAAAAAGACGGGAAAAAGAGUGACCUGAUCCAGACGUAGUUUUUUUAUUGACACCUUUUUCUUGUGUGCAUUGCCUUAUGCCACUGACAUUCUCCUGUUUCAACAAAUAAUCCUUUACCACCAUAUGCCCUGUCUUUCUUUUAUAUUACAUCGUCUGGUUGUCUUACGUUUCAAACAGUUCUUGGGGGUAAUUUUCAUAGCUAUUUUUGUGUAGAGAUCGCAAAUGCUACUCAGUGACAGCCAACGAACACUUUAAAAUUUUCAUUAAUAGCAAAUCUUAAUUCUAUAAUUUAUUUACACUUCCCCCUUACUAAAGUGUUUUUUUACAUUUUUCAUAUGUUGAAUGUCUAGAGUCAUUUCUACAAGUUCCAUAGCAGCAGUGUUUACUCGGCAUGUUCUUUUUUGAAAGAUUACCGGCAGAAAAAAAAGUAGUAAUAACAUGAGUUGUAUGCGAGGGCGUGUCUAUAUUGACCCACUUUCAGGUUAAGACGGCGAGUCACGGUCUAAAAAUUGCAUUCAUACGGUACGCUAUUGACUCAAUGUUUGAGGUUGUAGAACCACCCUUUGUUUUGGCAACGUGAUCUUACAUAGAUUUUUUUUCAUGAAUCCAGCAAUUAUCUUUCGACUUUUUUGUAUCUGGGAUCUUGUUCUUUCGGAAUGAACAUUGACUGUUAAAUAGACAAAAUGGCUUGUGUUUGCUCAGCUCAUCUUUUCCAUGACAAAUUGAUACAAAGUCUGCAUCACUGCAGAUCCCGUUAUGAUCCGCCCGUCAAUCUCACGUUCCAUUCUUCCCUCACUCUUGAACAAAAUACUGUCCAUCAGAUGGAAAUUUACCUUUUUGCAAAUGGCGACUGUUGUCUCCGAUUUUGAGGUGCUGAUUCUCAUCCCAACUGCUUCACACUCUGCUGCGAACCACUCCAAUGAGAGCUGAAGAUCACAGCUUGAUAAAGCCAACAGAACCAUGAAAGUUAUGAAUAGAAUCUGAUGGCUUUUUAUUCAAGAAAGCUAUUUAAGAAAAUGUUGAAACCACAAAAGUAGGUUAAAUUUUUUUUUUUUACUUUUGGCUUUUUCUCAAUUUUACAUGCUCUGCUUGUUUUUCAAAUGUGUCGUUUGCUGUUGCUCACUUUUUGUUUUUAAUCUUUUUCUCCAAGAA